AUGGACCCUCCUCCGGCGGCGGGAAACUUGGAUCCGGCGGUCGAAAGGGGUAGAUCCGGUGGUGGGCUCCAGGAUGCGCCAAGCGGAGGGGCCAACGGCGCGCCGUAUGUGUCCGGCGGAGGGGCUGGUGGCGCCCCGUUCGUGUGGCCGGGAGGCCCGCCGACGGGUCCCCUGGGUGCUCUCCUGGCCGCCGCGGGAGUGCCUCCCGGCAUGGUGGCGGGCGCAUGGCCUGGAGGCGCAGCAACCGCGGCGGGCCAGCCACCGGCGCAGCAACCGGCCAUCCCAGCCGCGGCGGGCCUGGCCGCCGGCGCGUGGCCCGGCAUCCCCGGCGCAUGGCCCGGCGUCCCCAGCGCGGGGCCAUCAGCUUCACAGGCCUCCGGCAUCCCCAACGCCGCCAUGCCUGCAAGCACAGUCAUGCCCGGAGGAUGGCCGGAGUGCUUGGCUGAUUGGUGUGAUGAGAACAAUAGGAUAGUUUGUGAGAUUUUUGCUGAUGAAGUUUUAAAAGGAAAUAGAUCAAGUACUCAUUUGAGUAAGACCGGGUACAAGAAUGUGAUAGCAAGGUUUAAAGAGAGGACUGGGAUUGAGUACACUAGAAAGCAAUUCAAGAAUAAAUGGGAUAAGUCGAAGCAAGAUUAUGGUAUUUGGAAGCAGUUGAAAAAUAAGGAGACUGGGAUUGGAUGGGAUGAAACUGGGAAGAAUAUUGUAAUGUCAGAGGCAUGGUGGAAGAAAACAGCAAAAGAUAUAAAGGGCUCUACCAGAUUCAAGCUGAAAGGACUACAAAAUGAAGAACAGCUAAGCAUUAUGUUUGAAGACCUCAGAAAUACUGGUGAUGAACAUUGGUCCGCUUCUAGUGGUAUAGCACCUUCUUCAGCAAACUUGUCUCGUGAAAGCUCUCCAAUUCCUAUUGAUGAUGAAGAUGAAGCAGACAAAGUGGAUUCGGACAGUGAGCCGGAGGAGGUGACACCUAGGAGUGUGCAUGGUUCAAAGAGAGGUCGAGGGGCUAGUAACAUCAAGGGAAAGAAACCCAAGACAAGUACAGGGCAUUGGUUUCAGGAACAAAUGGGCAAGAUUGUGGAGAUGAAUGAGAGGACAACUGCAUCUUGUGAAUCUAUUGCAAGGAGGGAGGAUACAUCUGGUUGUUCCAUCCAGGAUGUCAUGGCUUUGGUCAAGAAUUGUGGGGCUCUUCCCUCGACGAAUGAACAUUUUGUUGCAUCUCUAGUUUUUACCAAGAGGGCUGAACGAGAGAUGUUUAUGACUUUGGAUACACCUGAGGAGAGGUUUGAUUGGCUGAAGAGGAAGUAUGAAUGGAUGACUAGAAAUGAUGUGCCUAAGUAG